UGUGAGGACGAGGCUGCGCUGAACACGUUCACUCAUUGAUGGACAAGGGUGAGGGCUUCCUCUUUGUAGCUGAUCUCUUAUCUCUGCAUCUUUCCUCCUGCAGGCACAUGCUCGCAGUGGGUUUUCAGAGAAACAGCAGCAGCAGCAGCAGCUCCUUCUCUGGCACUGGCAGCACGAGAAGGGGCUUCAGAGAAACCCCCUGUAACGUCACAGGCUUCUGUUCAGUAACACUCACAGGGAGCAACUACGGACGCACUUUCUCGCUCCGUUACCCAGAUACCGCAGCUCCGGGAUGGGCUGCUCGUCAGGGCGCCAGCCCCAGGUCUUUCACCCGGACCUGGACCCUGGCAACGACGGCGAGGCCCACACCUCACCCCAGGACUCUGACAACCAGGACCAGAGUUUGAACGGCUGUGGAGAAGGCAGCCUUGGAAGAGGGAAACCUAAACCUCCAGAGUCUCUCCCCACGCUGGAGAGACUCGCCCAGGCUACGGGCGGAACCGAAAAGUCCUGGUACCGCUGCGUGUUCCCCUUCGGCGUGAUUUCCCUCGUGAUCGGGAUGGCGGGCACCGGGGUGACGUUCACCUUUAACACGCUGCCCCAGACCAAAGUGGUGUCAGUGGGACUGCUGUGCAUCGGUGUGAUCAUGUUGCUCGUGGCGGCCGCUUGCUGGAGGGCCCACAGACUGAGGAGGAAGAAAAAGAAGGAGAGUGAAUUCUUUGCUGCUGAUCAGGGGACUUUGUGACACGAGUGGACAAACCACGUUGAGCUGGACUCUGAGAAGGAGAACAACCGAAGCAGCCAGAAUCACAGACUUGAUCAUGAUUAUCAACAUAGACUUAGAAACCACUUUAGCGAAGGCUCCGUGUCCAUUCUGUGCAGAUUCGGCAAACGAUUCCCUUCCAUGCUGUUAUGGAUUUACCUGGAGGUCCACUCGAGAGCAGAACAUAGAUCAUUGCUCCGCGGUUUCGCCUCUUUGUGUCAACGACAGACAUGAGCGAUAGGCACCUCAGGAAUAGCUGCAUAAUACCUCCUUAUCCCGCGAACCGCGCUGCUCCAUGAGAGGAGGCGUGCCUCUGUGGGACAGGACGAGUUAUCUCCAAACAGCUUCGUUUACACAUCUGGAUACCAAAAGUAGUCGAGUAUUAGCAGACUGCUGGAUGCUUGUGUUUGGACAGUUUCAGUGUGUUUAUAGAGGGACAGCAGUCGUCCCCCCUCCCCUUUCAGAAAACUCAUGACGACUGCUGCCCGUCACAGCGAAACCCAACGGGAUUUCUGCUGACUAUGAAAGUAAUAACUUUAGCUCGUGAGCUGAGUAGUUUGAGGUCAUAUCUGAAAGGAAAGCAUGGAGUUAAGUUAAAUCAUGUGUGUGUGGGGUGGUGUGAAUGUUGAAAUCCUUCACAUUUCCUCAAACUUCAUGGUGGAUAACCACAAUCACCCUCUCCCAGAUAGUUUUUGUCUUGUUUUUUUUUCCCUUCAUUUUAGGCGCUAGGGCUGAAAAUCAAAUGUUAUAAACCCUGUGCAGCAAGGGGGUCCUACUAUAGCCGUUUUAUAGCAAGAACAAACCAGUGAAGAAAAACCGUAACAGCAGCUGAUUUUUUUAUUUUUUUUUUCUCAUGUUUUCCUGCAGCAGCGGCGACACCGUCCAAUGUUUAGACGCGAGCUGUUCCAACAAAUCGAUUCCUUCCUCACCGGUGGCUUCCACUCUCCCACCCGUCGAGAAACCGCUGUGGAAAUGCGACAUGUGAAACAGACAUUCAAAGCAACCGCUCCGCGGGCUCGACCGGGUCGCUCCUCAUCGGGCCCUACUUAGACUGCUAACUAUUGUGAAAACCUGUCCUCAUAUUAUUCUUUCUUAAACAGCUUCACCUCCAACUAAUUAUUUCUUUUAGUUUUCACAGAAUUCCUUUGAACUUAAAGCUCACUUGUGGAACAGAAAUGUAGCGUGUAAUCAAAACCAGAGUAGUUAGUUUGCUGCGAUUACCAGCAGGUGAAGAAGACCCAGCAGCUUCAUGUCGGCUGCAGUGAUGCAUUUUAUUGAUGUUAUUUGAUUAUUAUAAUAACCUAUUUGAUAAAAUAUUGGCCGCGCUUUUGCAUGAAGCUCCAGUCGUGACGUGGAGCAGCGGCUACAUUAGAGCAGCUUAACCUUUUUCUCCUCGCGUCUCCCUCAAAGUCCAGUAUUCAGCUUUCACCCUUUUAUGGUUUGUCGAUUUGAGCCACAGAUAAUCAGACAAAAGUGCUACUGAUAGGAAUCGUUAUCCGUCUGCUUAGAGGUUGUGGUGUUUUUUUAAAAUCUAAAUGACAUAUCAUGAAUUAACUGUAGAUACUGUGUCUAACCAAGAGUGUAGCCACAUUGAUGAAUGUACUUCCAUCAGUGACUUAUUAAUGUCCUUGUAAAGAGUGUAAAGACUGUUUAUGUAUCUUCUAUUUUGGGUAGUCGGAGUGUGAGCCUAACCUCCUGUUUCUAUUUCCAUAUAAGCAGCUAUCUGGUUGUAAUGAUUUCCAGCGUGUGGGUGUAAAAUAAACUGUUUUCUUUCACAAUGACAUGAGAAGCUACUGCCAGACGUGACUGCCAUUCACAAGAUGAAUGUUUUCAUUUAAGUGGCGCGCAUACAUUUUUAAGAAUUUGUUAUUUUUAUGGACAUACGUAAUAUUUGUUUUUAACAUUGUGGUUUUGAAUUGAUAGAAAGUUGCUUAAUAGUUUUUUUGAUCACUUUAAGGUUUUAAUGGUCAAGCUUCUUCCUGAGUGCCUUUUACAUUGGAGGUAUAUUGCCAUCUUUGAUUAAGUAUUGUAGUGUUAAAUUGAGAGCAGGCUUUGCACUCAGAGAUCUUCACUUUUGAAGUCCCUGAUUGCAUGCAGAUGCGCUCUGCUCCAUUCACCUGUGUUUGCGCUCAGAUUCUCUGCUUUUUGAACAAAUGUCUGGUAGUUUUCCUAGUUUUAAGGAUUAUUUUCAA